AUGCGAAACUAUGCUGUUACUAUCCACGAAUUCCUUGCGCAAAAAGCGGCUUGUUCCUUAGAAUCUGUAGAUGCUAGUUAUCCCAGUAAAGUAGUCGGACAAGAGCAAGACUUGUCGCCCAGUGUCGAGAGACAAACCUAUUCGGAGAAGAGAAAAUUCUGGGAGGAUAUUUCAAGGAAACGCGAAAGUUAUCAACGAUCGGAGUCCGAAAUGUCGAGAACGUCGCAGUUAACGAUAAACGAAAGCGACAGUGAGUAUAUACAUAAUAUUACCACAGAGGACACGGCGGAUAUCGUCCAGCAGAUGGACAAGUCCGAAACGUUGGAAGAUUUGAACGUACCUGAUAUUUCCGAGUGCUCGGUGGCGGAGAAGGCUCAGUAUUUCGAGGAACAGAUACAGAAAGAAACCACGAAAAUUCCACCCAAGUUGCUUCAGCAAGACUCGUUAAAGUCCGAGAAAGAGAAGCUAACGAAAACUAAAAUGAGCGACAAAGAAAAGUUGGACAAAGAUGAGAAGUACGUGACCGAAUUGAAGCAAGUUACGAAGAUGGAAGAAAGCAGAGAAAUCGUUAGCUUGCAAAGGGAAGAGCGGAAAGAGGUGGAAAGGAAGGAGACGAAAGAAACGAUGAAAUUGUCUUCUGAAGAUGAGAAAGAAAAAGACGAGAGUAAACCAACUUACGUGGAUGUAAGUGCUAAAAUAGAAUUAGCCAAAGCGAAACUCGAUGAAACGACUGAAAAGGGAGAAAGGAAGGAAGAUGUGGAAAAGACGGAUGCCGUGCUUUCUAUGCAACCUCUAGAAAUAAAGGAUAAGCAUGUAGAAAGGAAAGAGCAUAUCGAGAAAGAGGCGGAGCCAUCGAUGCCGACCGAAGAAAAAUCACUCGACAUGACGCAGAAGACGGAAGAAAGUGGCGCGAUGGUGGAAGAUCAAUUAGUUGAGUUAAAAGUUGAACGUGUUACGAAGCAGGAAGAUAGAGCAAUUGUUAUCGCCGAAGUACCUGUACAAGAUAUCGUAGAAGAUGUAAAGGUAGAAAGAGAAGAUACAAAACGGUCAAUUAUGGAAUUAAGCGCGAAAGAAACGAAGAAUGUAGAGGAGAGACAUAAGGAUGUUGCGGAGUCUGUGGAAGUAAGUAUGCCGCAGGAAAGCAUAAAGGAAAGAGUAGAAGUAAAGGAGAAGGUGGAAGAACCAAGGCUGGAAUUAACGACAAAGGAAGAAGAUAUAAGAGAGAGAGUCGAGACAAGUACGGAAGGAGAGAGGAUGAAAGAAAGUAUAGAGGAGGAACGAAAGGAAAAGCGAGAAAUUGUUAGCGAGGUAAUUUUGCAAGAAAGUGUCGACCAGAGUCUAAAACGACAGAAACGAGGAGAGCAGGAGGACGCGAUCGCGGAGGUAACUGUAAAGGAAGACGGUACGAAAGAAAAGGAAGAAUACAAAGAAGAAGCGAUUGAAGAACAAGAGGAAGCUAUCGCAAAGGUAGCUGCAGAGAAAGAGAGUACAAAGGAGAAGAUGGAAUACAAAGAAGAAGCAGUGGAGGAAGAAGAGGUCGCGGAAGUAACUGCGAAGGAAGAGAGUAGGAAAGAAAAGAAGGAAGAUAAGCAAGAAGCGACGAAGAAAGUUAGCGUAGAAAUAGGUGGCGAGGAAAAAGUAGAGGAUAUCGAGGAGAAAGAAACGGAAGAAGAGAAAAUAACCGACGCGCGAGAAAAAGAGGAGGAAUUGCACGUGAUAACAGAAGCUCCGGUGGAGAGAAAGUUACAACGCGAGGUAAUCACGGAAAGGGAGACGGAAAGGGAGACGAAAAGGGAAGAGGCGCAAGACGAGGUUGUCGAACACGUAGAAAAACAGGAGAAGGAAAGUGAAAAAGUUGUUACGGAUGUAAUCGUGCGGGAAAGAGUUAGAACGCCGGAGAUAAAAGAGGAAGACGUUGUUAGAGAGAAAUCGACUGGAAGACGCAUUAUAACGGAAGAAACUACCAUUAUCUACAAGGUGCAGAAAGAUGGCACUCUGGUUCAAGAGCAGGUGUUAAAAUCGGUUCAAGUAGAAGGAGGAAGCGAGGCUUUAGCCGCCGCGCUAGUUCAACUUCCCGAUAGUAAGAUCGAAACGAAAAGUGUCUACGAAGUGGAAUCUACGAGCGAAGUUACACCGGAGAUUACGUUUACAAGCGAUAUCAGAAAAGAGAUGCAAAAAUUGCUGGAAGGUGAAAGAGCGACGGAAAUCGAAGUCAAAGAUAAGACGAAGAAGGAGAUAACGUCGAUCGAAGAAGAAAAAUCGGAGAAAGCAUCUCCUGUGGCGAUCUCAUCGAUCCAAGAGGUCGAAGACAGAGAAAUCAAAGGAAAGAGAGAAGAAUCGAGAAAAGAGGAGAAAGAAGAGAUUACGCUCGAUAAAAAGACGGUAACCGAGAUGGAAACGAAGCACGUUAGGAAAGAAUUCGAGUCGCGUAUUCCCGUUUCAACGGCAAAGAUAGAUAAGGACAAAAUGCAAAAGGAAACGAAACCGAAGAGUAUAACGGAACUAAAACAGAUUCCGAGUAAACUCGAGAGCGACAAGGAAUUAAGCACGGAGGAACAAGAAAUUUCGCCGACAACUAAAAAGAAAGAGUUCGAAUCUCGAAUUCCCAAACGUGUUAUAGAUAUCAAGCCAACAUCGGAUAAAGCUGGAAAGAAGGACACGCACGUUAGAAAAGAAAGCGAAUCGUACACGAUAACGGAAAAAAAAUCGAGCGAAGAGGUGACUUCAAAAUUGGAAGAGCACCUAACCACGAAGAGCGAAACACAAACGUUUUCCAAAUCGUUCGUCGAUCCGCAAGAAGCUUUCAAAAUGUUCGAGGACAUGGAAAGCGCAAAGAGCGAAUUCGCCACCGUCACUUCGAUGAUCGAUCAUAAAACCUCCACUACGACGGAAAAGAAGGAAGUGGUGUCGUCGGAGAUUUCCAACGGUAGGGACAAAGUAAUCACGCUGGAGGAGAAGGAACGCGUGGAGAGGAAGAAAUCGUCGGAGUCGCGAUUAAAAAAAGAAUCGCCGACCGAGACGUUGGAGGAGAAGAAAAGCAAACACGAGGAAUUAGAUAAAACGGCGAUUCAAAAGUUGUCGAUGAAUUUGACGGAUACGCAAGAAAUAAUAGACGCAGCUGCCUCCGAAUCGAGAACCGAAACAAAGAAGGAAGAGACGUUGAAAAAGUUAUCCGACAAGGAGGGAGUUAUGACUCGCGAGGCGGGUAGUAACCUGUUAAGAGAAAGCGAUGCCGACGUAGCCAUUCGGAUAAAGAAAGAUAUCGGUGGAAAAAGGGACGAUGAGAAGGAUGAGGUGAAAACGGUAGAAGGGAAACCGGCGACGGAGAGGAUAUCUAAACCAGUUGCAGAUUCGGAUCACAUCGAAACGCUCGCGCAAGGAGAAUCGCGCAAAGAAAGCAAAGAAAGUUUCGAUGUUAUUCAAUUCGUUCCAAGCGAGAGGAGGAAAACGGAGGAGGAAGACUUAUCGAAGAAGGAAGAAGAAGCGAGCGAAGCAAUGGAAGAAGAAGUAACAACACCGAGAGAAAGUUUAGAGGAAAAGCAACGGCUAAAGUUUAAAGAGAUCGAGGCACGUACCAUAGCGGAGACUUUGAUUCAAUCGAUCGAAAGGGAAAUCGAAGCAAAAUCGGCAGAGGAUUUGAAAGCAGAACUACUUGGUAAAGGAUAUCUGGAGCAAAUUAUAAGCGAAAGCGUUGAAACGGAUCACGAAAAACUGGCUGACGAUUUGACGCGCAAGUUCGAAAGUAUCAUGAGGAAAACGAUGGACAAGCAAGCGGCACAAAUGAAAAUCGACGAAAGUUUAAUGGAAUCGCCGAGACUGAGGUCGUCGAUACAGGAAGAAUCCCUGGACAAAAGUUCUACGAGAGACAGUAUAAGCGUCAGCGAAGAUAUAACUAAAGACGAGGAAUCGUCUCCGCAGGAAAAAGAAGAAAGUUUCCCUCUUUCGUCGUCCCAGGCUAAACUGCAAGACAGGGACAUUACGAUGAGCCCUAGCAGCAUAUCGGAGCAAAUAGAUUUCGAAGAAACCAUCGACGUCGAUACGGACGAAUUGGAAAGCGUGUCGAAACCAAUCUCGAGCGCACAAUCUGAGAAACAACGAUUCAGCAAGUCGAGCAGUCAAGUGGAAUUGCAAAGAGAUUUCCAGAGUGACGUUAGUUUGCCUCGGGAUAAGAUCGUAUCGGAGAUUUCAGGUGCCAGAGUUCUGGAAAUUCUCGAACCUGGCGUAGACAGUCAAUCCAGGGAAGAUUCGGUUGACGUGCCUUCUUUGGAAAUGGACGAACAUAAAAUAUCCGAGCAGACAAGUAGGGGAAUUCCGUCGUUGCACGAGAGUGCCGAAAUGGAUUCGUUCGAUAAGAUGGAUCAAGAACGGGAUAUAACGAUAAGUCCUAGUACCGUAUCCGAGGAUACCAAUAUAGAUUAUUCCUUGGUACAGGAGUCUUCUCAGCCUAUCCCGAUGCAGAAGGAUCUGCCGACGAUCAGUACGAGAAGAGCAGACAGCUUCGAGAUCGAAAGUCCUCCAUUGGUCUCCCCGAAACCGAAAGUUCGCGGACUUGAAAUUAAACCCGUCGAUUGGAUGAUCGGUGACGAGAAAAUUGAAAUAUCAGAAACGCUGCAACCGUCUCAGAUUUUCAACCAGGAGUUAGAAGCUUACGAAUCGAUGAAGAAGAAGGAACGAUUAUCCUCGUUGGAUGGAUCGACGGAUCACGAACAAGAAUCCGGUACUAAAUCUUCGGAAGAGAUCAGCGUGAUAGAAUCGACGAAAGAGACGGUCGCGGACAAUGGUCGCGAUAAAAGUACGGCUUCCUCGGUCGGUGAGACGAAAUUAACGGCGAUUCCUGUCAGCGAACAAGAUUUUGACAGCGAACUGGUGGAAAACAAAUUGGACGUUAGUUGUCAGGAGUUGGUAGACACGUUACAACGAGAAUACGACGCGAAGACGCCUAUCAAAGAGUACAUUGAGAGUAUUCAACGAGAAAUAUCUGGCGAACGAAUCGUGGAAGCGAUGGAAGAGCGAGAGGUUUUACAAGCGGACGAGUCCGCUUCGCAAGAACGUCCCGAGGUUCUACCUGCAACUACGACAGAGAAAUCUUUGGUGGAAGAAACUCGAGAGGAAACGAUCAAAGAGGACGCGUCUUCGGUCAGCGAAACUUCUAAACGCGAGGAAAUCCUUUCAAAGUCGGGAAUCGAACUGAAAUUGGAAAAAACAACGACGAGAUCGUUAAAGGAGAGCGAGAAACCCGCGGAAGAAGUAUGGCAAGAAACGACAGACUCUGAGAAACCAGUACGCGUGGAUGACGUGUUAAAGGAAUGGACGGAAGCUUAUUUGUCGAAAAUGAAACCCUUAGGCGACGACUAUAAAAGGCAUAUGGAGAAAGCUACGGAGAAACACGAUAAGCCUGGAAGAUCCACGACAGUUCCUUCCGACACUUGUGCCUUUAAAAUAAAAAAAGACGAUCUCCCUAGCGUUGAUUUAAGCGCACGAUACGCUAUAACCGUUCUAGAUCAGGUAGUUAAAAAAGAAAUAGCCGAAGUGAAAGAAUCUUUAGAAGCAGCGAAACAAGACCUGAUAGAGGAAUUAAGCGAAAAUAGCGAAACUGUGAUUCAAAUUAAAGAUUCCCCUUCAGAGUUCCGAUUUAAAUUACAACCCGAAUCCAUUCCGAACGAUUUACCAUUUUUAUACACACCGUCGUUCCCUGAACAACAGCCGCACGAAUCAGAUACCGAAGCUGUAAAGAGCGAAUCUCCUAUCGAUAAGUCGAUGCCGUACGAAACGAAAGAUAGUACAGAAAGUAAAGUGGAAUUAGAAGAAUCCACUUCUAGCAGUAUCGAAGAACCGGUACAUCUACAAGGAGACACACCUGUGAUCAAAACCGAAAAGUCUGACGCAGAGACUGCUGCGAUAACCGUCCACGAAGAUACGAAAGACGACGAAGAGGAACAUCCUAGUCCUGUACCUGCUAGCAGAUCAGGCUCGGACAUUGACAAUAAAGACGAAAGUUCUUCUUUGGCUUUGCCACGCCCGGUACUCAGAAGACGACAGAAACCCGGUAGAAGUUCUAAACGCGUGGCAUCUGACAGCGACGCGGAUCUUGGUUCUAGUUCCGGCGAGAGUAGCAAUUACCAAUCUUGCGAUUACGAGAUCGGUAGCGGCAGCCGACCUAGUUCUUCCGACGUAGAGGCUUUGCAAUCCUGUGGCGUACCUUCUGCGACGGCUUCGGAAUACGAAACCGCGAUGAUGUCUAUCGAGCAUUCUUCCUCUUCGAAACCAACCUCUCAGGAGUAUCAUACAGCAGCCACCACGAUGAGCUCGCGCGAGUCUAUGAAAUCUCUGACGUCUUUGAGUUCCGGUCACCUUGGUAGCAUCGACAGUACCAGCGAAUUGUCGGAAACGUUGGUGCCUUCCGAAACUGACGCGGAGAAAGAAGAAGUGGAAGAACGUCUCGACGGUGCUCUGGAGGAAGAACACACCGAACAGUCGGAUUCUUCGGGCAGCGAUAUACCGAUCGACGAACCGAUAGACAACAUCUAUAGCAGUAUACCUUGCCGUAUGAAGCGAUCUUCCGAAAUGAUUUUCCCACAGGUCCUCGAUAACGCUGCUCUCGAGGUUGAGUCCACGGAGGAACUGACGACGAAAGACGCCAAGGGAAUUGAUUUCGCUACGUCUACCUUGACCGCGAUACCCGGUACUCUUCGAUCUGUAGAUAUAAUGACAUCACGGGUUUCCGAACACGGUGUACAGAGCGUAUGCACCCAGGUGAUUUCGACUCAAACCACGUCCGAGACCGAAUCAUCCUUCGAAAAGGUGGAGAGCGAAACUUUUGACGCGGCAACGGCCGAAAAGGACACGGAGGAAGUAACGUUGGACGUACCGACGACGACCGAGUCUGAGCUCUUGGAGCAAAGAUACGUUGCGGCAGGAGUGUCCAGCGAGAGUCCUGAAAUGUCCAUGCAGACGUCUACGCCAUCGAUAAUACAGCAGACGAGUAUGUCGACGUCGUCAACAUCGGGCGUGUCCAUCGAUACGAUCGUAGGAAAGGAGAAAUCGGACCGUCAUUCGCCGGAUAGCGAUUCUUUCGAGAUGGUCGACAAGCCUGAUAUCAUCGACGACUUUGUAGUUAUAGAGGAAGUCGGCAAAGAGGCCGAAGAAUACGAUUCCGAAGGUAAAAGUAUACGUAUUAGUUCCAUACCGCAAGCGAGUAGCAAACAGUACGAUCGAGAUCUUGAGAACCUUAUAACCGAAAACAAGCAGGAUUCGCAAGUGUCGACCAGUCAAACGUCGAAAAAUAACGAAUUAUUCGAUUUCGAGUCGGAAGAAAGUCCACCGCAAGUCUCAAACGACGAUCAGUAUUCGCAGUCGUAUUCGGACGAGGAGCAAUACGAAGGAGGGAAGAAAUGGAUAGAAAUGCAAUUUCAUGCCGAUCCCCGAGUCUACGAUAUCGAGUACGAUCGAGGCCCUCUAGAAGACAUCAAAGAGGAGGAAAUUACCGACUUUGAAGCUGGCAGUAGUAGAUUUGGAAGUUUAGGUAGCCAUAAAGAAUCGAUAGGAAGCGUGGGUAGUAUGCGCGGUAGCUUUGGAAGCACACCCGAUUACGAUGUCUUAACGGGUAAAAAGUAUUUCACUAGACCAUCCGAUCACGAUAACGUAUCGUUGAGCUCGUUGCAAGAAUUCGAGAACUUGGAGAGCGCCGUCGCUGCUGAAAAUUCGAAGAGAUUACAAUGCGGUUCGCACGAUUCCGUUAAUAACGGUAGUCUUCCAAGAAGGUACAUGACUAGCCGAUCCGGUCACGGUGACGAUAUCUCACUGUCCUCGUUGAAGGAUUUCGAAGGAUUGGAAAAAGCGUGCAGGGAAGCGCACUUGAUCGAAUUGCGCGCCAGAGAGGAAGAGGACUUGCUGGAACACGAAAGUCCCGAGAACAAGUACAAAUUGGAAAGUCUACCGCGAACGAGGAUCGACACGAGUACGGCUGGCUCGUUCAACGCGAGCACGUCGGGAUCCGAUGAUUACGAGAAGAGAAUAAAAGAGAUCGACGAGAUCAUACGAAUAGCUCAGUCGAACGUGGAGAAAUUUGAUCGGCAGGAUGAUACGACGGAGGACAUUUCGCAAAUCGAAAUUACGGACGUUGAGAAAAUCGGAGCUCAAGUUGGUGUGCAAUCAAUCUCGAAGCCGGAGGAACCGGAAACUGUACUGCCUCUCCAAAGGGAGAGCAACGUUAUGGAAACGAGUACGGAUUCUCUGGAGCUGGAAGAUAAUAUGGAUAAAAAGCAUCACCCGUUGUGUCGAAGCUCCGAUUCGUUAGAAAUGAAAACCACGCUAGACUUUCCUUCGUUAAGUUCCGACUCGUUGAACAACGUGCGAGAUGCGAAGGAGAUGCAAUCGGACGUAGAGCAUCAUGCAAGCAGCGUUAGGCGUAUUUCUUCGGAUUCUCUAGAUAUGCCUCUGUUGGAACCACAGGAUGCUGAAAGUCGCGAGAGGCCAAGCAACGAGGACGAUCAUUCGGAUGGCGUCACGUCGGACAAUUCUCUAGAGCAAAGGUCAGAAACGGUGGACACGGAUAAGAGUGAUAAAAUGAGGACAACACCAAGCACUAAUACAUAG